AUGCGUGAGUACAAGCUUGUGGUCCUUGGCUCGGGUGGUGUCGGCAAGUCGGCCCUCACCGUUCAGUUCGUCCAGAACAUCUUCGUCGACAAGUACGACCCGACCAUCGAGGACUCGUACCGCAAGCAGACCGAGAUCGACGGCCAGCAGUGCCUGCUCGAGAUUCUCGACACGGCCGGUACCGAGCAGUUUACCGCCAUGCGUGACCUGUACAUGAAGAACGGACAGGGCUUCAUCCUCGUCUACUCCAUCACCGCCAUGGCCACCUUCAACGACCUCAACGACAUCCACGAGCAGAUCCUCCGCGUCAAGGACGCCGAGACCGUGCCCAUGGUUCUCGUCGGCAACAAGUGCGAUCUCGAGGACGACCGCAUCGUCGAGAAGGAGCAGGGUGACGCCAAGGCCAAGGAGUGGUCGUGCACCUUUAUGGAGUGCUCGGCCAAGACCCGCUACAACAUUGACGAGAUCUUCGACGACGUGGUCGGCCAGAUCAACCUCUCUGAGCCGGCGCCCAAGACCAAGAAGAAGGGCGGCUGCGCCCUCCUCUAA